AUGAGGCUUCUAAUACUUUCCAGCCUGUUCUGUAUCCUGCUUCUCUGUUUCUCCAUCUUCUCCUCAGAAGGGAAAAGGCAUCCUGCCAAGUCCUGGAAACUCUGCUGCCACAGAGUUCCUGCUCUCAACCUGACAACCCAGAAAGCUUCCUGUCCUCAUGCCUCUACCCAUUGCUCCUCCCCAGGAAACCGCAUGAGGCUCUGCAGAGUGUGCAAGCUCAAGCCAAUGUCACAGUCUUGGGUGGUGCCUGGGGCUCUCCCGCAGGUGUAG